UUAGGUCAUCGCUCGCCGUGAGAGCGAUAACGGAGAAGUGAAUGUACUCUUGAAAUGGUAUCCAAACAAUAUACUGCCAGAUGUAUGGGUGCCCGAGAAAGAGGUGGAAGAGAGCAAAACGAAAUCAGUGCCCGUUUGGACGAUACCUCCCGAGAGUUUGGCAAAACUGAUUGAAGAGUCGAAUGGAUUUGAGAGCAAACCAAAGAUAAAACAGAGGCGGAAAU